ACCUUGGUGUGGAGCGCGCGGCGCCUCAAAAUGUCCUCCAGUGGCACCCUCAGCAACUACUUCGUGGACUCGCUCAUAGGCCAUGAGGGCGACGAGGUGUUCGCGGCGCGCUUCGGACCGCCGGGGCCCGGCGCGCAGGGCAGGCCCGCAGGUGUGGCCGACAGCCCCGCCGCGGCCGCCGAGUUCGCCUCGUGUAGUUUUGCCCCCAAAUCUGCCGUGUUCUCCGCCUCUUGGUCCGCGGUGCCGGCCCAGCCGCCCGCGGCGGCGAUGAGCGGCCUUUACCACCCGUACGUGCCCCCGCCGCCCCUGGCCGCCGCCGCCUCGGAGCCCGGCCGCUACGUGCGCUCCUGGAUGGAGCCGCUGCCCGGCUUCCCCGGCGGCGCGGGCGGCGGGGGCGGCGCGGGCUCGGGCCCCGGCCCCGGCCCCAGCCCCGGCCCGGGCGGCCCACCCAACGGGCGCCACUACGGGAUUAAGCCUGAAGCCGGAGCGGCCCCGACCCCAGCCACCUCCUCCUCCACGUCCUCGUCCUCCACUUCCAAACGGACUGAGUGCGCCGCGGCCCGCGAGUCCCAGGGGAGUGGCGGCCCCGAGUUCUCGUGCAACUCGUUCCUACGGGACAAGGCAGCAGCGACGUCCGGGGCAGCCGGGCCCGGGGCGGGGAUCGCGUCCGGGUCCGGGUCCGGGUCCGGGGCGGGUGGCUCCUCGGAGCCCUCGGCUUGCAGCGACCACCCGAGCCCGGGCUGCCCGCUGAAGGAGGAGGAGAAGCAGCAUCCGCAGCCGCCACCGCAGCAACUUGACCCAAACAACCCCGCAGCUAACUGGAUCCACGCUCGCUCCACCCGGAAAAAGCGCUGUCCUUACACCAAAUACCAGACGCUUGAGCUGGAGAAGGAAUUCCUCUUCAACAUGUACCUCACCCGGGACCGACGUUAUGAGGUGGCAAGGAUUCUGAACCUCACAGAGAGACAGGUCAAAAUCUGGUUCCAGAAUCGUAGGAUGAAAAUGAAAAAGAUGAGCAAGGAGAAAUGCCCCAAAGGAGACUGACCCAGCGCAGCGCCGGCGGGGCCGCUCUGUUUUGCAAAGGCAGUGGGGUUUUUUCCUUUGUGGGUGCUUGAUUUCCAGAAACUCUCCAGCGACUCGGACUUUUUUUUCUUUUUUAGGUAGAAGUGACUGUGCGGUUGGUCUCUGUGAGGUAUUUGGGGACUCUGUUUGCUCGCUAAUAUGUUGGAAAAACCAAGUGGCUUUGGGAUUUUUGCCCUGUCCCGCUCCCUCCCUUUUGCGCCCCGCUGGUUCCUUUGGGAAAUGCUUAUUUUGUGAGUGCACGCUGGCUUGAGGAGCCCUCUCCUGUGUAAAUGUCCCCAUGUUUUUGAAAAGUGCUGUAGUUUAGCCCCCAGCGCUGCUCAAGCAGGGCCCAAGAGCGCCCGGUUUCGGAAAAUGAAGGCAGAGCAACGACAUUGCGGAGGCUCGCCCAGGCGGAGGCCCCGCUGGGUUGCACACCGGUUAAGAAAGCCCCCCUUUCCUCAGGGAGCCCGCAGGCCCUCGACGGAGACCUGGAACAGGGCCUAAGCCAGGAGCCCAGGGCUUCAUGUGGGUUGGGGGGGUUAUUCUCAGUGCACUGGAGGAGCUACUCUCUACCGGAGAGUGCUUGGCUCGCGGGGCGGCCGCGGGUGCAGGCCCUCGGGGUUCCUGCCUGAGGACCAGUUGUAAAUGUUACCCUUCCUACCAAUAAAUGCUGACCUGAUCAAAUGGAGCCCAGACGCUGGCCCUGAACGCUGUGUGCCUGCUUUCUCUGUCUCUCUGCCAAAUGUCAUUCUCACUGGACUUGUCCCUAGGAUGGAGACACUGCUAAAAAUCCAGGACCCUUCCACCUGAGAAGUCUCUCUGAUGUGCCUCCAAGUGUCCCUUCAUGUGGGUCCACCUAGCCUAGAGCACAUGGUGGAGGGGGUAGUGGGACCUUGCAGCUGGUCCUUCCCUAACCUGGUUUCAGUACAUAAGAGAACUCUGUGCCCUGGGCCCAGUGGAUCCUAUGGGCUCCAGGAGCCAGGAAUCCGCUGCUGGGACUUUGGCACACUGCACUUCAGGACCCCUCUGCUGCUGGAACCCCAGCCUUCAGACCGGGGUCUUCCCCGCCCACACAAAAAGAAAAGGACCAACUCUAUACUCAGGAGCAACCUCCAGCUUGGCGGGGCUGGCUGGUUCCGGGAGGACUGAGCCAGUUAGGCUUGUGAGCCUCUGCCCCUCCCCACAGGAGCCACAAAGUGACCUUAACAGAUCAAAAUGGUCAAGGCUCUCCUCUGCAACUACCCUCAUCCCACCGCCCCCUUCCCCCAUCCAGCCUCUGUGUGUUUAGCCCCCAGCUUGGCCCUCUGAGGGCCGCAUUCAGAGGCUAAAAUGAAGGUCAUUGUAAGUGAGGGUUCGGGCCCAGCAUGGCCUUUGCAGGCCAAGAGGCCGGCGCCAGGCUGCCUGGGCUGGGCGGAAGGCGGGGGCGAC